GGCAAGCUGAGGCUUCAGGGAGGGCUAGCCAUUGUUCCAUCACUAGAUGCCUCUAUAAGUAGCUCUUAGGAGGCCAUGGACAGCACAGCCCUGGUUUCCACCUUUGAACAGAAGCUUCUGCACUCCAGGAGACCAGGGACAAGCAAGUUGUUUGAUACAGUCUUACUCCUUUAGAAUGGCCUCAGUUGCUCCAUCACGUGAUCCCAGUUUGGAUGCUGAAUGGCAGGAAUGGAAGAUGAAAUUUGGAAAAUCCUACAGCCAGAAUGAAGAAGGACACAGAAGAGCACUGUGGGAGGAAAAGAAGAAAAAAAUUGAGAAGCACAAUUUGGAAUAUGAGCAGGGCAAGACCAGCUACUCUCUGAGCCUGAAUCAAUUUAGUGAUCUUACAGAUGAAGAAUUCAGGGAAAAUUGCUGUGGAUUGGUAGAGAUUCCAGAAGAUUCACCUAAAUCUGAGAAUGUAGAAGAGAACAGCUAAGUGACUCCAGUGAUGGAUUAGUUUCUGCCCAAGAUGUGCGCUGCAUGCUGCUGGGGAGAAUGGACUGCAGGAAAGAAGGACCAGGAGGGGUCCUCGCCAUCGCAUUUGGAGUAAAGUGGUGAAUUCGUUUAAUGUCAUCACUGUGGUGUGGACUACCAGUCAUAAUCUCACUAAUAAAACACUACAAUUUUUUACUGCAGUGUCUUAAAA